AUGUGCCGAAGACCAGGCGGUAAGGAGAGACAUGCUUCUUCUGGCUCCGGGAGUGGCAGUGGUUCUGCAAGGAAUAACCUCCCUUCUGCCUCAUCGUCAGAUAAGGAAAUAGAAAAUGAAGCUAAUGACCAUCCCCGUUCAGGGGGAGGAGCAGAACCGUCAAAGUCUUUUGCUGACGUCGAUCGUAUUCUCGAGGGAAAUGAUGUUCGACCCGGUUACGACAUGUUGAAAAAGCGUUACGACGCCGGUGAGAAAUCGUCUGAUUUGCUUUGGCGACUUGCCAAAACUUGUGAUAAAAUGGCUUUACAAAGCGCUGAUGAAGGGAGAAAGAAGGAGCUGAUUUUCGAAGGAAAGUCCUAUGCUUUGGAGGCUGUACAAGCCAAUGAAAAUGAUUUUCAAGCAGUGAGGUGGGCAGCAAUUUUGACAGGGAGAACUACGGAUUAUCUUGGAACUAAACAACGUAUCGAAGAAGGAGUAAAGUUCAAGAAACUCCUGGAUAAAGCUCUAGCCAUGAACAGUAAAGAGAAGGUGCUUUUACAUCUGCGAGGCAGAUUCUCCUACUCAGUUGCUAGCCUGUCUUGGAUAGAGCGAAAGUUUGCCGCGAUCUUCUUUACCACCCCUCCCACUGCUACUAUGGACGAAGCUUUGGUUGAUCUGCUAGCCGCUGAAAAAGAGGAAUCCGACUGGAUAGAAAAUCUCAUCUUCAUCGCUCGCACAUAUCACGCAAAAAACGACAAGGAAAAUACUAGGAAAUACUGUGAAAAAUGUCUCGCCUGUGCGCCGAAGAAUGAAGAUGAACGUGGUCGACAGAAUGAAGCAAGGAAAUUGUUAGACAAAUGCUAA